AUGACCAUGAUGCUGGCGCCUGUCUGUGUGCUGCUGAUGCUGGGGGGCCAUGCCCUUGGCGGAGGCUACCCUCCUAUGCCCCAGAUGAAGUAUAUGCAGCCCAUGAUGAAGGGACCAGUGGGCCCCCCCUUCAGGGAAGGGAAGGGACAGUACCUUGAGUUUCCACCUAUGAUGGAGGUGAAAGGAGAACCAGGUCCUCAAGGAAAGCCAGGACCAAGAGGCCCUGUUGGACCCCCAGGACUCCCAGGCAAACCAGGAUUGGGAAAGCCAGGUCUAAAUGGCCAGCAAGGACCCCGGGGGCCACCAGGCUUCCCAGGAAUUGGAAAGCCAGGGCCACCAGGCCUGCCUGGAAAAAUGGGGCCCAAAGGGAUGCAAGGAAACAAUGGUGAAAUUGGUAUGCAGGGUGUGCCAGGACUGAGGGGAUUACCAGGGCAACCAGGACAACCAGGCCCAUCAGGUCUGUCUUUGAAUGGAAAACCAGGGCCCCCUGGAGUCAGGGGGAUUCCAGGAAGCAAAGGUGAACCAGGACCAAAAGGGGGUCGUGGAAUUCCUGGAGAUCGUGGUCCUAAGGGAGAAAAUGGCAAUGGCAAGCCUGGCCCUCCAGGUCUCAGGGGUCCAAAUGGUCCCCAAGGACUUCCAGGUGCUCCUGGUGUUCCUGGUGUGGGCAAGCCAGGGCUGACUGGACUACCUGGUCCAUCUGGGCCGAAAGGAGAUCAUGGAGCUCCUGGAGAACAAGGUCCCCCAGGUGAGGCUGGUGCCCCUGGGCUACAGGGUCAACCAGGAGCACCUGGACUGGGGAAGCCUGGUGUAGAUGGUGUGCCAGGCAGGCCAGGUCCCAGUGGACCAAAAGGGGAACCAGGUCUGCGGGGGAUUCCAGGGUUUCCUGGAAGUCCAGGAUAUGGUAAACCUGGGUUGAUUGGUCAGAAGGGAGAUAGAGGUCCUUCUGGAUUACCAGGAGCACCAGGUGAUAAAGGAGAACCAGGUUUGGAUGGUCUGCCGGGAGAUAUGGGGCCAAAUGGACAGCCAGGACCUCCAGGACUACAAGGUCCAAUGGGACUACCUGGAAAGCAUGGCAUGCCUGGCCUGAAGGGAGAGUUAGGUCCACAAGGGCCUCCAGGUCUGCCAGGAUUGCGAGGUGAUCAAGGUCCCAGUGGUUUAUCAGGAAAACCUGGUGUUCCAGGGGGGCAAGGCCCCCCUGGACCUAAUGGAGCCAUAGGAAAACCAGGACCUAAAGGUGAAGCAGGUCACAUUGGCUUACCUGGCAACCCUGGCCUGACUGGGGCACCAGGGCCUAAGGGAGAGAAUGGUUUUCAAGGCUCCCCAGGGCCACGGGGGCAAUCUGGUAUCCCUGGACAGCCAGGUCCUACGGGUCACAUGGGACCACAGGGUCCUCCAGGACUGAAAGGAGAGCCUGGUCCACCAGGGCUCCCAGGUAUUAGCAAGAAUGGUGACAAGGGUGCACCUGGUCCACAAGGUCCACCAGGAAAACCAGGACCUCCUGGGCUUAUUGGCAUGCAAGGUGUUCCAGGUCCACCAGGACCUCCUGGCCCCCCUGGUCCCUCAAAUGGAGAGACGAAGGUGGCUGGUCUCCAAGGAACAGAACUGGAGGGAGAGUCACUUCCAGAUGGAAAAAAUGGAAAGCCACAAUAUGGUCGUGGUGAGCUCUCUGCCACAGUUGCCCCCGCAUUCACCGCAAUCCUUACCACACCUUUUCCACCCUCUGGUAUGCCCAUCAAAUUCGACAGGACUCUGUACAAUGGGCAGAAUGCAUACAAUCCUGCCACUGGUAUCUUCACCAGCCCAGUGGCUGGAGUCUACUACUUCGCUUAUCACGUGCAUGUAAAGGGAACGAGCCUGUGGGUGGCACUGUACAAAAACAAUGUACCUGCCACAUACACCUAUGAUGAAUACAAGAAGGGCUAUAUGGACCAGGCAUCAGGCAGUGCAGUACUUGAGCUGAAGGAGAAUGACCAGGUGUGGGUGCAGAUGCCCUCUGACCAGGCAAAUGGGCUCUACUCCACUGAGUACAUCCAUUCAUCUUUCUCAGGGUUCCUAUUAUGCCCCACAUAA